AGUGUGCCUUGUAAUAACAGCGGUCAGAAAGAUCUUUCCGAAUACGAGAACGGAUUCAUUCUCUUGUGCUCAGUUUGAAGUUCGUUCUAGAAAGGUUUUUAAGGCCUUAAGGCCCACUGCACUAUGAAGACUGCAACAGUUAUUGCUCUUAUGCUCGCGGCUUUUAUACUUUUGUCGGAACCGGUAGAUUCAGAUGUACACAUUGGACCCUGCACGCGGGCUAAUAUGAAACAGCCUGCUCUGUUGGGUCAGGAAAUCUGGCAGUGUGACCAACACGGAAAUUACAUGCCUUUACAGUGUCAUCCAACAAGUGGAUAUUGCUGCUGCGUCGAGCCUCGUAGCGGAAAAUGCAUCAAAGACACAGAGAAAGCACCCGGCGCCGGAUUGCCUCAGUGCUAGUCCAGCUGUUUCUUGAAGGAGUAGCGACGAUACAAAGCUCCAAGAUGCCUAACGAAGAUCCUGCUGGCAGGACAAACGUGUGCAGGUCUUAACUUCAGUUUCGUUUGAUCUGGCCUCGACAACUACUAAAAAGUGUUUGGAACACGAGAUAGGGACGCUCUUGGAUGGCUGCACGGAAUUACCUAUCGACAAAAAGAGAUCAAUUGGUACGCCAGAAACCAUCCCUAAAUGAAAUUGAGUAUUCGAAUCUUGUGUAGAGGUGGAACUGGUUCGACAGGUGAUCACCUUCGAUGUAUAUACGAAAAGAGGUUGUAUAAUACAAACCCUACAUAUAAUUGGCUAUAAUAAAACAUAAUAUAUGAUAAUAUGAAUAAGGGAGAUACAAUAAAGGUAUUUUUGCUUUUUUCGUAGACUACCUGCUAUAUUGUUUCCACGUCAAUUGAAUGAGAACCGCAGAAGAAAAACGCUAUACAAUUAUCUCAAGUAA